AUGUCCGUGAGCAGCCAGGCCAACUUCACAGUGAAAAAUGGGACCAAGAGUCACCUGCUAUGGGUUCGUGGACACUCAGAACUACAGACAGGGAUGAAGGGAGGUGCAAUCAUGCAAGUGGAGGAGAAAGUUUUGGCAACGGUAUCAGGAGGGUCAAUGAGAAAGCCAUCUGACAUUGGCCACCUGAGCUGCAUGGUGAUUGGCCACCUGAACCAGGCCCCUCCGAGAGCAUGCCUGACUGGCCAGGGCAUGGCGUGGGAGCGGGACACUGGGAAUCGGUACCAUGGAUACUCAGAGGGGAAAUGCCUCUCCGACACCGCUGGGGUCAACCCGGAGCUCAACACAGGAAAGCUGUUGCUGACGGAGCUGGAGUCCCCUUCUUGGUGGCCAUUUAGUUCCAAGCUUUGGAAGAUGCCAGCAGAAACAAACCCCAAGGAAAGCACCUCAAUGGCUAGUCCCAAAGUUCUUGGAAAAGAAGGGGUAGUGGUCCGAAUUCCUGCUGUUAUCUCCCAAGGGAAUGCAUCUCAUGUUAAAGCAGGAAGUCUCACCAUCCUUGUGUCUGGGUUGGAAAUCCAUGACUCCUGUUCUUUGCUCAUGCACAGAUUCGAAAGAGAAGACAUAGAUGACAUAAAGGUUCACACGCCUUAUGAAAUUAGCAUCCGACAGCGGUUCAUUGGGAGGCCAGACAUAGCUUAUCGCCUGAUAUCUGCCAAGAUGUCAGAAGCUAUCCCCAUUUUGGAGGUGCAGUUCAGCAAGAAGAUGGAGCUGUUCGAAGACGCCUUGAUGCCCAGAAGUGCCAGAUCGUCUUCCCCAAUAGAGAAGGGCUGCUCAGUCUGGCAGGCAGCGUCUGGACUGAUGGACCGUGCCAUGCCCCACGAGCCCUGCUCAGGGAGCCAGGAGGGCCCGUCACUUCAGCUGCAGAGGAGUGAGCCGCUCAUCUCUGAGGGGGAUGCCCAGGAACUGAGACAGGUAAUGUGCACUCCCGGCACCACGUGGUCCCUGCAUGUGACAUGCUUCUUCUUCUGCCUGCCCCUAGCUCCUCGCUGGGAGAUGCUGGCCUGUCUUCUGCAGGGGCCUGUCACUGUGCCCCCCAGCUCUGUCUGCUCGUGUAGCUGGAGAAAGGAAAGAGCGGUGCCCAUUCUGAGUCCCUGUGUUCCAUGGCACACAGACACUCCGUGCGCACGGCCCCCCUGCUGGCUGCUCUGCCUGUUGUACAUGUACACGUGCAAGUAUACAUGUGGGCUGUGUGUGUGCAGGAUAUGCAGGUUCAUGUGGGCUUUCUGUGCAUAUACAUGUGUGCAUAUGUGUGGUACAUGUACUCGUGUGUACGUGUGUGUGCUAUGGGUGUGGUGCCCUGUGUUAUGAGAUGUACCGUGCAUGAGAUGUGCACAUGAGGUGUACAUGUACUGUGUAUGUGCUAUGAGACCCAUCUGUGUACAUCUGUGCGUUGUGACUUAUAAGUGCAUUUAUGU